AUGACCCUCACGUGCUCAGAUUCAGGUUAUGAGUCUCGGCGGGAAUGUCAGAGUGGUGCUGGUCCUUUCAUCGUGCCCGGGCAGGUGGCGCACAGUGUGACCUGUCCGUUCCUGUUGGCGUGCACUGUGAGCACUUGGCUAAAUAGCAUCUGGUGUUUCACAUUUCUUAACCUAAGCCUUUUUUUUGUAGCUUCUGCAGAAAAGGAGGCAAUCAGGGGCACAUACUCCAAAGUGCUGGAUGCUUACGGGCUCCUAGGUGUUUUACGGUUAAACCUUGGCGACACCAUGCUGCAUUAUCUGGUCCUGGUCACUGGGUGUAUGUCUGUGGGAAAAAUCCAAGAAUCUGAAGUCUUCCGAGUCACGUCCACUGAAUUCAUAUCACUACGGGCUGACUCUUCGGAUGAGGAUCGCAUCUCGGAAGUGCGCAAGGUUUUGAAUUCAGGAAACUUCUACUUCGCGUGGUCUGCCUCGGGGGUCAGUUUAGACCUGAGCCUGAACGCGCACCGCAGCAUGCAGGAGCACACGACCGACAACAGGUUUUUCUGGAACCAGUCUUUGCAUUUGCAUCUCAAGCACUACGGGGUGAGCUGUGACGACUGGCUGCUGCGGCUCAUGUGUGGGGGCGUGGAGAUCAGGACCAUCUACGCUGCGCACAAGCAGGCGAAGGCCUGCCUCAUCUCCAGGCUGAGCUGCGAGCGCGCCGGGACCAGGUUCAAUGUCCGGGGGACAAACGACGACGGCCACGUUGCGAAUUUUGUAGAAACGGAGCAGGUUGUGUACUUAGAUGACUCUGUUUCUUCCUUCAUACAAAUCCGGGGCUCUGUUCCAUUGUUCUGGGAGCAACCAGGGUUGCAGGUGGGGUCUCAUCGUGUCCGUAUGUCAAGGGGAUUUGAAGCCAAUGCACCUGCUUUUGACAGGCAUUUUAGAACACUUAAGAAUUUAUAUGGUAAACAAAUAAUAAUAAAUUUGCUCGGAUCCAAGGAAGGUGAACAUAUGCUAAGUAAGGCCUUUCAGAGCCAUUUGAAGGCUUCUGAACAUGCUGCCGAUGUGCAGAUGGUGAACUUCGACUACCAUCAGAUGGUUAAAGGAGGGAAGGCGGAAAAACUGCACAGUGUCCUUAAGCCUCAGGUCCAGAAGUUCCUAGAUUACGGGUUUUUUUAUUUCGAUGGAAAUGAAGUUCAAAGGUGCCAGAGCGGCACGGUCCGCACCAACUGCCUGGACUGCCUGGACCGGACCAACAGCGUGCAGGCCUUCCUCGGCCUGGAGAUUUUAGCUCAACAGCUGGAAGCUCUCGGCCUGGCUGAAAAGCCUCAGUUGGUGACUCGCUUUCAGGAAGUUUUCCGGUCCAUGUGGUCGGUGAACGGUGACUCCAUCAGCAAGAUCUACGCGGGAACCGGAGCCCUGGAGGGGAAGGCCAAGGCUGGGAAGUUAAAAGAUGGUGCUCGUUCUGUUACUAGAACGAUUCAGAAUAACUUCUUUGACAGCUCCAAGCAAGAGGCCAUUGACGUUUUGCUCCUGGGAAAUACUCUAAAUAGUGAUUUAGCUGACAAAGCACGAGCACUAUUAACCACUGGAAGUUUGCGUGCCUCUUCUAAAGUACUGAAGAGCAUGUGUGAGAAUUUCUACAAGUAUUCAAAGCCCAAGAAAAUCCGAGUAUGUGUCGGAACCUGGAACGUGAAUGGUGGGAAACAGUUUCGCAGCAUAGCUUUUAAGAAUCAGACUCUCACCGACUGGCUUCUUGACGCGCCCAAGUUAGCUGGCGUCCAGGAGUUCCAAGAGAAAAGAAGUAAACCGACGGACAUAUUUGCAAUUGGCUUUGAAGAAAUGGUGGAGCUGAACGCUGGGAACAUUGUGAACGCCAGCACCACCAAUCAGAAGCUGUGGGCCGUGGAGCUCCAGAAGACCAUCUCCCGGGACAACAAGUACGUGCUGCUGGCCUCGGAGCAGCUGGUGGGCGUCUGCCUGUUCGUCUUCAUCAGGCCCCAGCACGCCCCUUUCAUCCGGGAUGUCGCAGUGGACACGGUGAAGACAGGAAUGGGGGGCGCGGCCGGCAACAAGGGGGCGGUGGCCAUCCGCAUGCUGUUCCACACGACCAGCCUCUGCUUCGUCUGCAGCCACUUCGCCGCGGGGCAGUCCCAGGUCAAGGAGCGGAACGAGGACUUUGUGGAAAUAGUGCGGAAGCUGAGCUUCCCCAUGGGCAGGAUGCUGUUUUCCCAUGAUUACGUGUUUUGGUGUGGUGAUUUCAACUACCGGAUUGACCUCCCUAAUGAGGAGGUUAAAGAGCUGAUCAGACAGCAGAACUGGGACUCUCUCAUAGCCGGAGACCAGCUGAUCAGCCAGAAAAAUGCCGGGCAGAUUUUUAGAGGAUUUUUAGAAGGAAAAGUAACCUUUGCUCCGACAUAUAAAUAUGAUUUGUUUUCUGAAGACUAUGACACCAGCGAAAAGUGCCGCACCCCCGCGUGGACCGACCGCGUCCUCUGGAGGAGGAGGAAGUGGCCUUUCGACCGGUCAGCUGAAGACUUAGAUCUUCUAAAUGCUAGUUUCCAAGACGGAAGCAAAAUCCUCUACACGUGGACUCCCGGCACCCUGCUGCACUACGGGCGAGCGGAGCUGAAGACCUCUGACCACAGGCCCGUCGUUGCCCUGAUAGACAUAGAUAUAUUCGAAGUGGAGGCCGAGGAGAGGCAGAGCGUCUAUAAGGAAGUCAUUGCCGAGCAGGGCCCCCCGGACGGCACGGUGCUGGUCUCACUCAGGAGCUCUGAGCAGGGAAACUUCUUCGAUGACACUCUGAUCGAUGCUCUGCUGCAGCAGUUUGCAGGUUUUGGUGAAGUAAUUCUCAUAAGGUUUGUAGAAGAUAAGAUGUGGGUUACAUUUUUGGAGGGCAGUUCUGCCUUGAGUGUUCUAAGCCUGGAUGGUAAAGAGUUAUUGGGCCGGAUUAUAAGUAUUACUUUAAAAAGUCCCGACUGGAUCAAAACUUUGGAAGAAGAAAUGAGUUUAGAGAAAAUUAACGUGCCGUUGCCCUCGUCCACAAGCUCCACCCUCCUGGGUGAAGAUGCGGAGGUGGCCGCGGAUUUUGACCUGGAAGGUGACGUUGAUGACUAUAGCGCUGAGGUGGAGGAGAUCCUGCCCCAGCAUCUGCAGCCGGCUUUGGGGUCCGGCCUCGGCACGUCCCCGAGCUCCUCACCGCGGACCAGCCCCUGCCAGUCACCCACAAUACCCGAGGGCCCUGUGCCCUCCCUCCCCAUAAGACCAAGUCGAGCCCCGUCCAAGACUCCUGGGAACCCACCCUCACAAGGUUCUCCCGUGGACGCUCAGCCAGCAGUGCAGCCACAGCCGCAGGUCCUGGAGCCCAGGCGGCCGCCUCCUCCCCGCCCAACGGCUCCUCCCGCACGGCCAGCGCCCCCGCAGAGACCUCCGCCACCUUCAGGACGCAGUCAGCCUUCGCCUCCAGCAGGACUCGCAGGCCCAGGACCUGCUGGACACAGCGCAGCCCGACCGGUGAUCCCACCCCGCGUCGGAGUGAUCAGUGCCCCGCAGAGCCAAGCCCGGGCAUCUGGGGGGAGGCCGGCUCCCGAGAGCCAGAGCAGAGCCUCGGAAGUCCCAAGAGGUCCAGUCCUUCUCCCUGAACCACUGAAGCCUCUGGCCGCCCUGCCCGCCUCUGGUCAGAAGAUGCAGGAGCCUCUGGUCCCUACAGCAGCCCCACUGCCUCAGGCUGCCCCCCAGCCCAGCCUGGAGACCCCGCCCCAGCCGCCGCCCCGCAGCAGGUCCUCGCACAGCCUGCCCGCAGAGCCGCCGGCGCAGCAGGUAAAAACCAAUGGAGUCCCAGCCAUCAGACUGGAAUCACCGAUGAAGAGCGACCCGUUUGAAGAUCUGUCACUUAGUCUGCUUGCUGUGUCAAAGGCCCAGUCACCUGUGCACGCAUCACCUGUUCUCACCCCAGGCCCGAAGGGGUUGGUCCCAUUGCCUCCUGCAACACAGACUAACGCCAGUGCUCUGAGCUCUGUAGGCUGCAUGCUGACAUUGCCUCCACCUCCAGCCCGGAAUAAGUCCCAGGAAGACAUGCAGUGUUCUCCCAACCCGUUUACUGCGAGACCGGCCGGCACAAACCCUUUCGCCGACAGGACUGCUGCUCCUGGAAACCCAUUUAGAGCCAAGUCCCAAGAACCCGGGGCACCUUCGUGGCUCCCCAAAGAUGAGCCCGUUGCCAGCAGUCCCUUUCCUCCUCUGAAGCCUCCCGGUCAUAACAGUAGCCAGCCUUCACCUUCACCUUCCCCUGACUGCUUCCAGGACAGCUUUGACCCGCAGAGCCAUUCCACAGUGACGAUCAGCCACCCGAAGGGAUGGGUGACCUUUGAGGAAGAGGACGACUUUGGUGAGAAAGGGAAGUCGAAGUCAGCUUGUCUAGACCUGCGGGGUGCUUGGCCAGGCCCGGCUUCUGCCUGCAGCGUGACCUUUGAUGACGCCUGGAGUAAAGGUACAGAUGUCCCCUCCUGUGUGCUGCCAUCGCGGAGGCCGCCCCCUCCUCCUGUCUCUCUGUUCCCUGCGGGCCCCGCCCCGCCAGCUGACCCUUUCACUGCUCUGGCGUCUCAGGCGCCUCCCGCACUGGACUUCACGGAGAGAUAGUGCUCUGCGUGGAGGACGGCAGCUCCUGUGCGGCGGCCGGAGCCGAGAGGACUGGGCAUUAGCUAUGUUAUGUGCAAUAAGUCGUCAUUCAGUGCACUGAGGUGAAGAAAUACCACUACUGCUGUGUACAGAGUUGGAAUAUGUUGUAUAUUGGAAAUAAUGACAAAGUCCUUCUCAUUAUUAACUGGAGUUUUGGUGUGUUUCUGUUUGAAAACUGAGUAGUAGCCAUAAAAAGUGCUCAGAACUACUUUAGAAAAUAGUCCUUAUUCAGAAAUUUGUGAGUCUUCUCUAUAGAGACCCCAGAAGCCCAAACAACUCCCACCCGAGGUUGUGCCAGCCUUUCGUCCUGGUUAAUAUUGGGGUUUACAGGUAUUUACCAGGGAGCCGUCAGAGGGACACCAGAACAGGGUUUUGAAAGGAACUGCUUUUAAAAAAGUGUGUAUAUGCACACCCACACACACUGCAUGUAUGUACACUUAGGUGUCUUAAGACUCGUUUAAAUUCUAGGGUAUAACUCAGGCCAAAUUUUUACCUAAAUGUUCUAAUGGAUUUUUU